GUAAUACUUGUAAUAGUUUGCUUAUAGCAUAUCUCUCUCUUCGCAAACGCCAAAACCCGGUUUUUGGUUUUAAUUAUCAUCAUCGAACCGGGCUACAGGGUGGGCCAUCCCAGACUUGAACCGGCUAUGGAUCCCCUGCAGCGUCCCUUAAUGUCGGACCGUGUCACCGUCAACGGCACCGUGACGCCGCUUGCUCUGCUCGCCGACGGCCGUCUGUGGUGGUCGGAGGGAAUCCAACGUUGUUUGUCCGUUGAGAAGGACGUCCUCAGCUUCGUCACCAGUGGACCCUACAUCAAGAUCAAGAGCCUUGUCGAGACCCGAGACGGAUGCUGCAGCACCGGGGCUCCAACAAAACUCGCUCGAAACGACGUCGUCUUUAUGCCCUCCUCCGAGGAAUCGCACAGGCUCUGGUGCCAAAAGCUUAGUGAAUUCGUUGAUUCUCUCGGUCGCCCUAAGAGGUUGUUUGUUUUUGUUAAUCCAUUUGGUGGGAAGAAAUCCGCUACAAAGAUUUUCGAUGAACAAGUGAAACCUCUUUUUGAAGAUGCUCAAAUCGAGAUCACAGUCCAAGAAACCAAGCAUCAGCUCCAUGCAAAGAAUGUUACUCGUUCGCUAGAUAUUACCAAAUACGAUGGGAUUGUUUGUGUUAGUGGAGAUGGAAUUUUGGUAGAGGUUGUAAAUGGACUUCUUCAAAGAGAGGAUUGGGAAACGGCAAUAAAGAUCCCCCUUGGAGUAGUUCCUGCAGGUACGGGAAAUGGCAUGGCAAAAUCACUUCUUGAUUCGGUGGGCGAUCCUUGUGAAGUAGCUAAUGCCGUUCAUGCCAUUAUACGAGGCAAUAAACGACCACUUGAUGUGGCUACCAUCAUACAAGGAGAAAUCAGAUUUUUCAGUAUAUUGAUGCUUGCAUGGGGUCUGGUAGCAGACAUUGACAUAGAGUCUGAAAAGUACAGGUGGAUGGGAAGCGCUCGACUUGAUUUCUAUGGCCUCUGUCGACUCUUGAAGUUGAGGCAAUACAUUGGAUGUGUUUCUUUUGUGCCUGCACCUGGGUAUGAAGCUUUUGGGGAGCCCACAAUCUACCCUGGAAAACCUACUACUAGCAAAGGAAGCAACAGUGAUCAAAGUGAAGCAGAAGAAGCUAAUAGACAAAGGCCUUGUUAUCUAGGACCUGAAAUAAACCUGGAAAAUUUGAACUGGAGAGUUAUAAAUGGACCCUUUAUUUCUGUCUGGCUUCACAAUGUGCCUUGGGGUGCGGAAGACACAAUGGCAGCACCUGAUGCAAAGUUCUCUGAUGGUUAUUUGGACUUGAUCAUGAUCAAGAAUUGCCCAACGCUACCAUUACUAUCAAUGAUGUCUGAGUUGAAUACAGGAGGGCAUGUAAAAUCUCCGUACGUCACAUACCUAAAGGUGAAAGCUUUCAGCUUGCUACCUGGCCCACGCACCAAAGACAAAGAGAAAGAAGGGAUCAUAGAUGUAGAUGGUGAGGUUCUGGCAAGAGGGAAAGGAACUUACAAAUCUGAGGAGAAGACUUUGAUGGUCUAUGAUAAAUUACAGAUAGCAGUGGAUCAAGGUUUAGCAACACUCUUUACUCCUAUAUAAUACUUUUUUUGUCUUGUCAUGGAUUUUUUCAAACUUACUAGACUAGUAAUACUGUGAGAUGAGUUUUCACAUACCAA